AUGUUAUCUUUGUGGUUAGAUUUUAUUCUUUUUCAAUUACUUUUAAGUUAUGUAAGAACAGAAUGGCCUCCACCAAAGUUAUCAAAUAUUCAAUUAUUAGGUCUUUUUCCCGAUUCAUCAAAUACAUCUCAACCUACAGUAUUAUCUGUUCAUUCGAAUGCAAUGUUUAAAGCAGCAAUAAUACUUUCACAACAAUAUAAUAUAACUAUUGAAGGACAAUUCAUUGGUUAUCAAUCAGUAAAAACUGGAGGCAAAGUAAUCACUGCACUUGGCAAUACAUGUUCAUUUAUAUCUUCAUCGAACAUUGUUGGUAUUGUAGGACCAGCAUUAUCAGCUGAAUCGAAUUAUAUUUCUCCAUUCGCUGCACAAGUUGGUAUUCCUAUAAUAUCCUAUGCUUCAACUUAUCCUGGUUUAUCUGAUCGAAAUACAUAUCCAUCUUUUUAUCGUACAGUUCCUUCAGAUAAUAUCGCUGCAUUAGCAAUUGCAAAACUAUUUAUGAAAUUUAAUUGGACAUCAUGUAUAAUUAUUUAUCAAAAUGAUGAAUUUGGUUCAGGUGGAGCACAAGCUAUUAGUGAAACAUUUCGUAAUAAUAAUUUAAGUGUUAUAAAUAUGAUAGCAUUUGAUAUAAAUACACAUUCUAUUCGAGGUGAUUUAAAAAGUCUUCUAACAGAAAGUUCAACACGAAUUGUUAUAUUAUGGGCUUCGACUAAUUAUGCAAGUUUAGUUUUAGAAUAUGCAUUACAAUCAGAUGUUCUUGGUCCACAAUUUACAUGGAUAUUAAGUGCAAAUAUUCCAUUAGAAACUUUUAAUAAUACAUUUUAUGAGAAAUUAAAUGGAAUGCUUAUUAUUGAACCAGUUGUAGGUAGUGUUGUUAAUGAACCUAUAAAUACAACAUUAUUAAAUGAAGCAUAUCGUAUUUGGCAACAAUAUGAACCUGAAUCAUUUCCUGGAAUAAAUAAUGUUAGUUUUUAUGCAUUAUUUGCAUUUGAUUCAACUUGGUUAUUAAUACAAUCAUUAAAACAAUUAUGUUCAAUACAUAAUAAUACAAAUAAUAAUUAUUCAUCAUGUACAGAAUUUAUUGGUAAUUCAUUUUGUUUCAAUCGUUCAUUUGUUAAUUCAAAUUCAUUCUAUAAUAUAAUUAAUAAUAUACAAUAUCUUGGUGUAUCCGGUUCAAUACAAUUUACUAAGAAUAUUACCGAUAGAAUUAGUGGAAUUUAUUAUGUUUCAAGAAAUAUUCAACUUUUUUCUAAUGGUUUACGUUCAGUUCCAGUAUUAGUAUGGUCUUAUACAGAUGAUUGGAUAUUACAUUCAUCAACAAGUGUUAUUGUAUGGCCGGGUAAUUCUUUAAUAACUCCAUCAGGCUAUGCAUCACUUGCAGGUGUAUAUUUACGAAUUGCUGUAACAGAAGCAGCUCCAUUUACAAUGGUAACACAAAUAACAGAUAGUUCAGGUCAAAUUCAAACAAAAUUAAUUGGUUAUGUACCUGAACUUAUUGAACUUUUAAGAGUUAAAAUGGGAUUUAUUCCAAUUAUAACGUUAGUAGUAAAUCAAACAUUUAAUGAUAUAGUUAAUUCAGUAGCAAAUAAUGCUUAUGAUAUGUUUGUUGCUCAAACAACAAUAACUGCUACGAGAAGACAAAAAGUUGCUUUUUCAAGUUCAAUAUUUGAUAAUUCAUUACGUGUUCUUAUACGAAAAGAAUCAAAUAAUAAUGUUGAUUUAUUUUCUUAUUUAACACCAUUUUCAACACAAUUAUGGAUAACUUUAUUAGGUGCUUGUGUAUAUGCAGCUUUUUUAAUUUGUUUAUUAGAAAGACAACAAAAUCCUGCAUUACAAAAUAAAUCAACCAUAUCUUUAAUUAGUAUGAGUAUGUGGUAUUCAAUAGGUACAAUUGUUGGGUAUGGUGUAGAUUUUCAUGUUGUAACAGCUUGUGGAAGAAUAUUAACUGUUGGUUUAUAUAUAUUAAGUUUAGUAUGCGUUGCUGCAUAUACAGCUAAUUUAGCAUCGGAUUUAACAAUAUCAAAAUCUCAAGAUAUUAUCGAUGGUAUUGAUGAUAUUAAAAAUGGAAAAAUAGCUUUUAGUCGUGUUGGAAUUCUUGUUGGUUCAUCAUUAGAAGAUUAUUAUUUAAGAGAAAUAUCUGGUGGAAAUAAAAAUUUUCAUCCUAUGGGAACUAAACAAGAAGUAUAUGAUGAUCUUUUAAAUCAUAUCAUCGAUGCAUCAAUUAUGGAUGCAGGAAUUGCAGAAUAUAUUACAAGUAAUAUUUAUUGUAAUUUAACAGUAGUGGGUACAGAUUUUGAAAGAAGUGCAUUUGGAAUUGUUUAUCAAAAACUAUGGCAAUACGAACAAAUACUCGAUAUUAAUAUUUUAUCAUUAAGAGAAUCAGGUUCACUUGAUACUUUAAAACGUAAAUGGUUUCAAGCAACUUUUUGUUCGCAAUCAUCUGAUCUAUCCCAAGCUAUGACACUUGUAUCAAUGUCUGGUUUAUUUUUUACAUUUGGUAUUAUUAGUAUUAUCGCUCUAGUAUUCUUUAUAUGGAAAGAACGAUUUCAUAUUAGAAAAUACAUCGGUCAUUUAAUAUAUCCAAAUAAAUCAGAAUUUAAAUAA